GGGGGCGGGGGCCGGGCCAAGCUGGGAGGGUCGUGCGCCGCCACCUUGGCGCGUCUACCGGGUUAGCUCCCGGUCCCGGGGUCAGGCUGCAGCUCCGCCGCCAUGGCGCUGCGCGCGGCAGUGUUCGACCUUGACGGGGUGCUGGCGCUACCCGCGGUCGUCGGCGUCCUCGGCCGCACGGAGGAGGCCCUGGCGUUGCCCAGAGGCCUUCUGAGUGAUGCUUUCCAGAAAGGCGGCCCGGAGGGUCCCACUGCUCGCCUCAUGAGAGGGGAGAUCACGUUUUCCCAGUGGGUACCACUCAUGGAAGAAAACUGCAGGAAGUGUGCCGAGACCUCUGGAAUCUCCCUGCCUGAGAAUUUCUCUGUCAGUCAAAUCUUUGGCAAGGCAAUUUCAGCCAGAAAGAUCAACCGCCCCAUGCUCCAGGCAGCUCUCACGCUCAGAAAGAAAGGAUUCACAACCGCCAUCCUCACCAACACCUGGCUGGACGACCGUGCUGAGAGAGACGGCUUGGCCCGGCUGAUGUGUGAGCUGAAGACGCACUUUGACUUCCUGAUAGAGUCAUGUCAGGUGGGAAUGGUCAAACCUGAACCUCAGAUCUACAAGUUUCUACUGGACACCCUGAAGGCCAGCCCCAGUGAGGUCGUUUUCUUGGAUGACAUCGGGGCUAAUCUGAAGCCAGCCCGUGACUUGGGAAUGGUCACCAUCCUGGUCAAGGACACUGACACGGCCCUGAGGGAACUGGAGAAAGUGACCAGAAUCCAGCUUCUCAAUACCCUGGCGCCUCUGCUGACCUCUUGCAAUCCAAGUGACGUGAGCCACGGGUACGUGACAAUAAAGCCCGGGGUCCGUCUGCAUUUUGUGGAGCUGGGCUCUGGCCCUGCCGUGUGCCUCUGCCAUGGAUUUCCUGAGAGCUGGUAUUCUUGGAGGUACCAGAUCCCUGCGCUGGCCCAGGCGGGUUACCGGGUCCUAGCUCUGGACAUGAAAGGCUAUGGAGAGUCGUCUGCUCUUCACGAAAUAGAAGAAUAUUGCAUGGAAGUGUUAUGUAAGGAGAUGGUAACCUUCCUGGAUAAGUUGGGCCUUUCUCAAGCAGUGUUCAUUGGCCACGACUGGGGCGGCAUGCUGGUGUGGUCCAUGGCUCUCUUCUACCCCGAGAGAGUGAGGGCAGUGGCCAGUCUGAAUACUCCCUUCAUACCGGCAAAUCCCAACGUGCACCCGAUGGAGAGUAUCAAAGCCAACCCAGUGUUUGAUUACCAGCUCUACUUCCAAGAACCGGGAGUGGCUGAGGCUGAACUGGAACAGAACCUGAGUCGGACUUUCAAAAUCUUCUUCAGAGCAAGCGAUGAGACUGUUUUAUCGGUGCAUAAUGUCCGUGAAAUGGGAGGACUUUUUGUAAGGAGCCCGGAAGAGCCCAGCCUCAGCAGGAUGGUCACCGAGGAGGAAAUCCAGUUCUAUGUGCAGCAGUUCAAGAAGUCUGGGUUCAGAGGUCCUCUAAACUGGUACCGAAACAUGGAAAGGAACUGGAAGUGGGCCUGCAAAAGCUUGGGACGGAAGAUCCUGAUUCCGGCCCUGAUGGUCACAGCGGAGAAAGACUUCGUGCUCACUCCUCAGCUGUCCAAGCACAUGGAGGACUGGAUCCCCCACCUGAAAAGAGGACACAUUGAGGACUGUGGGCACUGGACACAGAUGGACAAGCCCACCGAGGUGAAUCAGAUCCUCACUGAGUGGCUGGAGUCAGAUGCCCGGAACCCGCUGGUGGCCUCGAAGAUGUAGCACGCGGCAUGUGCCCGCACCCAGCAGGAAUUUGGACCAGCUCCUGUCCGUCUCAAACCAGUGAGACCACUGACCCUUCAACUGGGCAAGUGCCCCAGGAGGUGGCCUUUUGACGUUGGAGAACCAAAACACUUCACCCUUGGAUCAUGCUAACACUGCAGUUUUCUGUAUAUAUGUCCUAUGAAAUACCAUGAGCUCAGACUACGCUGGCGCAGAAUGAACCUGUUUCUUCGUUUAUCCCCACUGCCAUUCGCCUCUCCCCAGGGCUUAGACCACUCCACCUGCCUAACCCAUACAUAUCCUUAAGCCUUAUCUUCUGGGAGGUGGAUUUAAGAGCUGUUCUCCCACCUCCUCUUUAGUGCCCUUGCCAAUAAGUCUUUUCUCUUCUCUAAAAUCAAUUUCACCUGAUUGAUUUCCUGCAGGUGUGGGUUGGGGGUGGGCAGAGCAGACCUAGACCUGGGCAGCAACUAGCAGCCCAGUCAGUGUUUGCUCAAUGAAAUAAAUGAAUCAAUAAAAAAUGA